UCAGUCCAUACGCGGCCGCUCUGCUUACAAGACGGCAUUGCGCGGUCGGGUUUCCUAUUCCGCGUAAUAAAUAAAUGUAAUAAAUACUCAAAAUUAAAAACCUCAUUCGCAAUGACAUUGAAAUAAAAAUACACGAAUCCGGAUGUAGGCAUUGCGAGAGAAAAAAAAACAAAACGCGAGAGGAAUUAAAAAAUCAAAGGUUCUUAAUUCAAAAUUUAUACUCAUACCAACAGUGUUGCGAUAAAUAAAUGUAGAUAAUUAAAAUUACAUUUUUUUUUUUAAGUUUUACGUACGUUUCGUUCUGAAAUAUAUUUCAUUAUUUUAUAAAAGAUUUAUGGUUGUGAAAAAUGAAGCUUUUGCUGUUUUUAUUGUUUUGUGUUUGCGUUAAGUUGGUGCACCUUCAGGGGCCUGGGUCGGGAUCGAAUGGAAAUUUGCGUCUGUGCGUGGUGGAAGGGCGCGGCCCUUUCAAACGCGGCGCGAUCUUCUGCCCAAUGCUGGACGAGGAGGACUCAGGGCUGGAGUGUGUGCUGGGAACUGAUCAGCUGGAUUGUCUUCGUCGCAUCAGCAAGGGUGCUGUGGACUUCGGCGUGUUCAGUCCCGAGGACCUCAUCGCGGCGCAGUGGGCUAACAUAGACGUGCUGGUCACCGACGAGCUGAGGAGUCGGUUCAGGCCUUACGAGAGGAGCAUAGUAUCGGUGGUGAACCGCCGCAUACUACCGGAGCGCCCGUCGUCGCUCGACUUCGUGCUUCGCAACACCACGCUGUGUCACCCCGGCGUCGGGGUCAACGACCUGCGCCCUCUCUCCGACACGCUCGCUGGGUACCUGGAGUCCCUAAUCAUUCCCCGUGCGUGCGACCCGCUGCUGACGCUGACGGAGAACCGUAUCAAGGCGGUGGCGCAGUUCUUCCACAAGGCGUGCAAGGCGGGCCCCUGGGUGCCCGACGCGGAGAGAGACGCUGAACUGAAGGGCAAGUACCCCACGCUAUGCGCCGCCUGCGCUAGCCCCGCGUGCUCCAUGGACGACAAGUACUGGGGCCCCACGGGCACGCUGCAGUGUCUCGUCGACAACUCCGGCGACGUCAUGUGGGGCGAGCUGGACGACGUGCAGUAUUACUUCGGGGUAAACACAACGUCAAACAAAGGGGAAUCGUUCCCAACAAGCAGACAGCACGCGUACCUCUGUCGCGACGGUACGUGGCAGCCCGUACAGGACAACCUGGCACCCUGCACGUGGCUCAACAGACCCUGGCCUGUCGUCAUCGCUAAGAGAAAAGCAGCAGCAGCUGUCAGCAAACUGAUAGGCUCCAUCAAAGAAGCGGAUCUGUUCAACACCCACUGGCGCGGGGCGCUGACCUCCCUGUUGGAGAUACGGCAGACUCCGACGCCACUGAACCCACCCAAAACACCUCUGGACUAUUUAGCUUCGGCACAAGGCUUCAGGGAAGCGUACAGUCAAAGUGGUUGUGAUCCUCCCAGACACGUAACCCUGUGCACCACAUCCAACCUGGAGCGGAACAAGUGCGAGUGGCUGAGCGAGGCGGGCGCGGUGUACGGCGUCAACCCGCCGCUGCAGUGCAUCGUAAGGAACUCCACCAGCGACUGCCUGCGGGCGGUGCGCGGCGGGGAGAGCGACGUCGCCGUGGGGGACAGCGAAUGGCUCAUGCCGAGCAUCAGAGACUUCGACCUAGAACCGCUGCUAUACGAGACGACGCCAAUCGUGGACAAGAUGGACACAGUCGUCGCUUACGUCAGACGCGGUGACGUCAUCACCAACAUGCAGAAGCUGAGCGGCAAAAGGGCAGCAUUCCCGCAGUACGACGGCAUGGCGUGGCACACCGUGCUACAGUAUCUGAAGGAUAAGGAGAAACAAGACUGCAGAAGCGCCAUGACGAAUUACUUCAGCCAAAUAUGCGCUCCUGGUACUGAGACAUUGAAGAGUGAAGAUGUCGGUGAUGAUGCAGAGAAGUUCACAAGUGGAUGUAUCAAGAAUGGAGACAAAGUCGUUGGGGGGGAGAUCGCUGCGCUGCAGACACUUGUGGAGGGGAAAAGCGAUGUCGCUUUUAUAAGCAUGAGAACUGCCAAUUUGUAUGAAAGUAAACAAAUCAUGGAGUCCUGGGCAGACAGCGACGUAGACAUAGUCCCGGUGUGUCCCGAUGAAAACAAAAAGUAUUGCUACCUCUCGUGGUCAAACAUUGGCCACAUAUUCGCCAAUAAGAACCUCACUAGCAUGAGAAGACACGAAAUCAUCAAUGUAUUCACGAAACUCGACCAACGAUUUGGCAAACAUCAGCCAUUCCACAACAUUAUGUUCACAAUGUUCGGUCCGUUCAACCACGCAUUGGAUGUCUUAUUCCACAAUAAUACAAAAAGUUUGUCCACCGCUAAUAUAUUCAAAAUGCAUCCGUACGCGUCUAUGCCCCUUAAUUUUGAACGCACCGUUUUACGCACUUCAUCUGACAGCUGUCAAAUGAAGGAUUUAUUAAAUUCGUCGUUUAGCGCCGCGCCUGUGCUUCUCUUGUUAGUGUCAAGUUUAGUCAUUAAUAUUUAAUAUUUUAAGUAGAUAACGGUUGUAAAUAUUUUUAGCAAUUAUAAAAUUAAAUAAACUAUUUUUUUAAAUACAUGAAA